CAUCACUCAACAGCAGAUCCACAGAUCGGCAGCAGGGCUUCCCCUGAGCUCUACACUGGGCAUCUAUGGGCAGCAGGCAGGCUUGUUCCUAAGCACGGAGCAUUCGCAGCCCUCGGCACAGACGUUGAUUGGCUGUUUCUGGGCUAUAGGCCUGGCACCACUGCUUCCACCUGGCUCCCUCCCGGGCUCUGAGUCCUGACCUCCCCCGCACACAGCUCGGGGAUCUGCCUUCAUGUACCGGCACCAUGUCCGGGAAGCACUACAAGGGGCCUGAGGUCAGCUGCUGCAUCAAGUAUUUUAUAUUCGCGUUCAAUGUCAUCUUUUGGUUUUUGGGGAUAGCCUUUCUUGGAGUUGGCCUAUGGGCAUGGAGUGAAAAGGGUGUGCUCUCCAACAUCUCCUCCAUUACUGACCUUGGGGGAUUUGACCCCGUCUGGCUAUUCCUGGUAGUAGGAGGGGUGAUGUUCAUCCUGGGCUUUGCUGGGUGUAUCGGUGCCCUCCGGGAAAACACCUUUCUCUUAAAAUUUUUUUCUGUAUUCUUGGGAAUUAUUUUCUUCCUGGAGCUCACGGCGGGUGUCUUGGCAUUUGUUUUUAAAGACUGGAUUAAGGACCAGCUGUAUUUCUUUAUCAACAGCAACAUUAAAGCUUACAGAGAUGAUAUUGACCUGCAGAACCUCAUUGACUUCACGCAGGAAUAUUGGCAGUGUUGUGGUGCAUUUGGAGCGGACGACUGGAAUCUAAAUAUUUACUUUAACUGCACGGAUGCCAACGCUAGUCGUGAGCGAUGUGGAGUACCGUUCUCCUGCUGCACUAAAGAUCCCGCUGAAGAUGUCAUUAACACUCAGUGUGGCUAUGAUGUCCGGCAAAAGCCAGAACUAGACCAGCAAGCUACCAUUCACACCAAGGGCUGCGUUCCUCAGUUUGAGAAAUGGUUGCAAGACAACCUAACCAUUGUGGCCGGGAUAUUUAUUGGCAUUGCUCUUCUACAGAUAUUUGGCAUAUGUCUGGCUCAGAAUCUGGUGAGUGACAUUGAAGCUGUCCGGGCCAGUUGGUAGAGAUGUUCCUCUGGGGAUCAAGCUCUGUAGUACACACUGGAAGCAGAUACUUGGCUUGGAAGCUUGAUCGUGUGGACCAGCGCCAAGAAUGUCCAGAACCCACUUCUGAGCAGCAGAGAAGAAUUCUUGGGCAGCUUUCCUCUUAACUGAUGGCACAAGCAAGCAGCACAGGCCUCUACCAUGCAGGAACCACUGUAGAUCACUCAGUCACUGAGACAUUAAUGUGAAAAUGAACAUUCUCCUUUUUCUUUUGUAAAUUGGAUUGCAUGUGUUAUUAAAUACAGCAUAAUUAUUCUACCAAGCAUUGUAUCCCAUACAGGGGAUUCUAGAACAUUCUAUACACAUAUUUGGCAGAUGGAUGGAUUUCCGGUAAUAGCACUACAAUCAAAUCCUACUGUCCAUUUCAUGCUUUUAAACUGCAAAGAUGUCUUGUAAAUAUUUUGUGUGACACAGCACCCAAUGAAAUUGCAUUUGUAUCUGUAUAGUUUAUGGAUUUGGACUAAUUUGAUAGACUUGGCAGUGGUGCUAUGGCAAAGGCGAAAGCGUAAAUACAACUGAUUUUGUAAAAGC